AUGGAUAUAUAUUGGAUUUCAACAAAACCAGAAUUUAAAUAUAACCAGCAAGGUGUAAUAAAAACAGGAAUUCAAACAGUGAGAGAUUAAGGACAAAAACUUAUUGAAGAAUUAGAUCUUAUUCAUUUGCACAGUUAUCAAUAUAGCUUUUAAACUCUAUUUGCACUUGUUUGA